AACCCUAACCCUCGCAUAUCGUCAUUUUUAACGCUGCGCAACAAUGGGUGCCUAUACCUAUGUGUCGGAGCUUUGGAGGAAGAAGCAGUCCGAUGUGAUGAGAUUUAUGCAGAGGGUGAGGUGCUGGGAAUACCGCCAGCUUCCUUCGAUUGUUCGCGUCACUCAUCCCACUCGACCCGAUAAGGCUCGUCGUAUGGGUUACAAAGCCAAGCAGGGUUAUGUAAUUUAUCGUGUUCGUGUGAGGCGUGGUGGAAGGAAGAGGCCAGUUCCCAAGGGUAUUGUGUAUGGAAAGCCUACCAACCAGGGUGUCACCCAAUUGAAAUUCCAGCGCAGCAAGAGGUCUGUUGCUGAGGAACGUGCUGGAAGGAAAUUGGGUGGUCUUAAGGUUCUCAACUCUUAUUGGCUCAAUGAGGACUCGACUUACAAAUACUUUGAGGUGAUAUUGGUGGAUCCUGCCCAUGCUGCUAUCCGUAAUGAUCCACGCAUCAACUGGAUCUGCAACCCGGUGCACAAGCACAGAGAGCUUCGAGGACUGACAUCUGCAGGCAAGAAAUACAGAGGUCUGCGUGGCAAGGGACACUUGAACCAUAAGGCACGCCCGUCAAGAAGGGCAACCUGGAAGAGGAACAACACUCUAUCCCUUCGUCGUUACCGUUGAAGGACAACUAUUUUUAUUGUUAUCUGCUUGUUUUUUUGUUAGUUUUAAACUUGUGUGUUUUGGGAUAUUCAACAUUUCCUCCAGAUAUUUUGGUAUGAAACGAGCUUUGAGUUUGUCAUUUGAUGCUUUUAAUGCAUUACUACUGCUAAUGUGACUUGU